AUGUCCACUUCGUCUGUGAUCUCACCUUCAGCCCCAUCGUCCCUCUCGCCCAGGAACGGGUCUGACGUUGUGCCUGGCCCGCAUACCAGCCACGACGCCCACGGCAUCCCCUCCCAUUCCGCACAAGACCACAGCUUGCGCAGCUGCGUCACCUGCCGUCGGAGAAAAGUUCGCUGCAACAAGAAAACCCCUUGCUCCAACUGCGUCAAGGCCGGCAUCCAGUGUAUCUUUCCCCCGCCGGGAAGGGCACCGCGCAAAGUGAAACGCCCGCAAGAUGCGGAGCUCCUGUCUCGCUUAAGGCGCCUCGAGGGCGUCAUUGAACAUCUUAGUGAAAAGAAAGCGACUGGUGCUGCGGCAUCUUCUUCUGAUACUUCUUCCCCACGUGUACAACAGCACCCACAAAAUCCACCCGCACCCCCGGCUAAUGCGCAGGCCUCGGCGCCUGAAGGCGACGGAGAUGGCUGCCCACUUCUUAUGGAUGCAGCCAAGCUGGAUCCUACCAGACCUAUAGCGCCUCGGAAUAUCGAGCAUGAGUUUGGUCGAUUGGUUAUCGACGAGGGUCGAAGCCGUUACGUUAGCAACCGAUUCUGGGCAAGUCUCGGAGAUGAGGAGUUGCAAGAUAUCCUAGAUCCGUCGUCUUCGGACGAGGAAGACUAUUCGUCUCCCGAGACAUCGUCCAGCCAGUCGGCCAACCAUGAUGGCUUUUUAUUCGGGUUCUAUUCCGUUUCCCACUCACUACACGAUUUUCUUCCGCCGAGGCCCCAGAUUCCCUUGUUAUGGAAUACCUGGUUGGAAAACGUGGCGCCCUUGAUACCUAUCGUGCAUAAAGCGAGCGCCAGGCAGCUAUUUACUACGGCUGCCCAAGAUCCAAAUUGCUUGGAUAAGAACUUUGAGGCGCUAUUUCUUGCAAUGUGCAUGGUCGCGAUCAUCAGCAUGUCGCCGAGCCAGUGCUCAUCUCACCUGGGAGAAGAGAGGGAUGUGCUUGUCAAGCGAUACCGGUUCGCAGUCGAGCAGGCACUUUCCAAAGCAGAUCUUUUGAACACGCAAAACAUCACUCUCCUACAGGCUGUGGUGAUUUUCCUGAUAGGCGUUCGUCGCGAAGACGACACCAAAUUUGUCUGGUCUAUGACAGCGCUUGUUCUUCGCCUUGCGCAAGGACUGGGUCUUCAUCGGGACGGCACCAACUUUGGCCUGAAGCCUUAUGAAACGGAGAUACGCCGACGACUAUGGUGGCACAUCUGCUUAUUGGACAUCCGGGCCGCAGAGGAUCACGGUUCUGAUGCGCAGAUUCAUGAACGAUUGUACGAUACUCGACUCCCACUGAAUAUCAAUGACGACGACAUUACACCAGACAUGAAAGAGCCUCCCAAGGAGAGAGUGGGCUGGACGGAAAUGACAUUUUGCCUGAUUCGCUGCGAUAUCACGGUCGCUGUGCGUCGAGUGAGCUACACUUGUCCAAACGGCCAUUUCGUUCCGGCAACUCGGCAGCUCAACCCUGAUAACUGCUCCAAGAUGAUCCGGGCGAUCAACGACCGUAUUGAAGACCGAUAUAUCAAACAUUGCGACAUGAAUGUCCCGAUUCAGUGGGUUUGCGCGACGAUUGGUCGCCUCAUCCUGACCAAGCUGUGGCUCGUCAUUCAUCAUCCGAUGACCAGGCCUGAACGGGGCCUAACGCUGAGCCACGCCAAUCGUGAGAGCUUAUUUGCUACAUCAGUGGAGGUAGCCGAGUUCCAGCGGCUGCUGGAUGGCGACGUCAAAACGUACAAAUGGAGCUGGCUCUUUGCCACGAACAUGCAAUGGCAUGCCAUUGCCUUUGUGCUGUCGGAGCUUUGUGUCCGCCCACUCAGCCCUCUUACCGACCGAGCAUGGAAAUGUGUGAGCACCCUGUAUACAGAGUGGAUCAAAAACAGCAAACAGCGGAAAGGCAUGCUCUGGCGUCCACUUUCCCGCCUGAUGAAGCGAGCAGCCGCGUUCAGAGCUAAGCAAGAGGAGAUGCGCGCGCAGAUGAGUUCCAGCAUGAUUGCAGCUCACGAUGCCGCAAUCCCGAACUGCCCUGGACUCUCAAUUAUACAGCCCCCGGUUCUGCCCCGAGCACUGGACUUUCAGGCUUCACCAACAGGCCAGGAGAAGGAGUCUUUGCGCGGUCUGCCUGAGAACGGCGGAAUCGAUAUCGACCUGCGCGGCGGACCAGUUAACGUGAUCAACGAAUUAUUCCCCGACACGGACUGGCUCAAUCCUGCCACGGCAGCCAGCAUACAGCAGCAGGAGUGCUCGGGCGCGUCGAUGGACACGCUAGUGAGACCGACGGAGCCAAGCGAGACCCAGCAGGAGAUGCCUAAUGCGAAUCUCAACUGGGAAGAGUGGGAUCAGGUUAUGACUGAUUUCCAGAUGGACCUGCAAGCGUCCAAUACGCAGAAUCCUUUUGGCAAUGCCCUGGAUUGGCUUGCUUGA